GUUAAAAGCGCCUCUGCACUCCAGCGUGCUCUCAUACCCAUCACAGACGGAGCAUCCCCGUCCUGCCGAGCGCUUCACACAUGCUGACAAAGCUGCGCCAGAAGCUGGGAUAUGGAUGCUCUCAGAGGAAAGGGAUAAGCCUGGACCAAGAGAGGAAACAGACUCGAGACAAGAGAAAGGAUUCCAUGAUCUCUGCAGGUGAUGCUGAGUUCCCACGGGAUUACCACACCCUGGCUGCCAGUGGCGGCCGUGGGGCACGCCGCUUCCCAGACAACAGCAAUGGGGGGUUCACAUCGUCCUCGCUGGACCGCCGGCACAAUUCUGUGGCCGCUAAAAGCUUGGAGGCCCUGAACAGCAUACACAAGGCGGAUAUCGAACGGCAGAGGGACGCCCUGAUGGACCUUCAGAAGAACAAGUACACAAACAGUCCGGGCAGCUUGUCUCAGGGCCCUGCAGCUGCUGGCCGACAGCAACAACCAAACUACUGGAGCUUCAAGAGUCGCACACCCCGUGUGACUCGACUUAGCCCAACACAACCGGCUCUCGCAGACCAGGCCAACAGAGUUUCUUUCGCCUCAGCGGAAAAUCUUGAGACCAUGUCUGAACCAGACAUCCCCAUCGGCUUUAACCGGAUGAACCGGCUUCGCCAAAGUCUUCCACUGGCCCGCUCAUCCAGCCAAGCCAAGCUAAGGGCGCCAGGGAUCCUGUUCCUCCAGCUUGGGGAGGAGAUUCGCAGGGUGCACCUGACCCACGAGCUGACCAGCCUGGACACCCUGAGGGCCCUCAUCGUGCACAUGUUCCCUCAGAGGCUGACCAUGGCUAUGCUCAGGUCCCCCAGCACAGCUCUGCUAAUCAAAGAUGAGACUCGUAACGUCUUUUAUGAGCUGGAGGACCCUCGGGAUGUUCAGGACCGCUGUGUAAUUAAGAUUUACUGCAAAGAGCCCAUCUACGGCACUUACCCCGGACACCAUAACCCCCACAUCGCUAACGGAGACCUGAGAAGGGAAAUGGUGCAUGCUCCCCAGGAAUCUCCAUCAAACCGUCGCCUUGGCAACCCUGCCAUGUCUUCCCAGCAUUCUUCCUCCUCUGCUUCGCCUCCUCAAGGAUCGCCGUCUCGAGCCCGACUGCUCUACAGCUCUGGGAGGCCUUCUUCUUAUGCUGGCCCGCCCCACCAUACCCACUCCCUACCUCACCCACACUCCCAGUCCCACCACUCCUCCCCCCUUCAGCAGCCCCAGCUUCACCAGCCCCACCACACCCAGUCAGCCUUCUGCACCUCCUCCAGUGCCAUCCUGGAGCGUAGAGAUGUGAAGCCUGACGAUGAGGUGGGAGGUUCCAGGAGUAUGGUGCUGCUACGAGGAGAUGGAGGUGGUAUUUACGCAGACCCAUAUGCUCUAGGCCCAGACACAAGCCGUCUUAGCCUUGCAGGAGGUCCUCAUUCUCCUCUGCCAGCUCGAGCCGACCCUUACGCCUCUCUAUACCGCCGCGGAGGAGGACCAGGUCCUGGAUCAGUUCGGUCACUCACCUCCUACACUGCUGCAGCAUUACAGGGAGAGUUAAUGGAAAGUGGUGUUCUCUACAGGCCUGGAGGGCCCCUCUACAGUGACGCCUACACAGCUUCCAUGUUGGCAAUGGGACUGAGGGUUCCACCACCCUCUUCCCCCCAGAAGAUACCUGAUAUGAGGGAUUCCUACGGGGCAACUAUGUCAACUCGGGGCUCUCCUGGGAGGCAGAGUUUGAGAAGGGAUUCUGUUACUUCCUCUGUGUUUGGGGACAGCCCCAAAGCCCGGGGCCAGGGGCCAGGAUUGGGCUUGACAGCAGAACAACUCUGUCUGAUCGGAGGAGGAGAUGGAGGAGGAGGCGCCGGAGGCUUCGGUUCACCACUUAUUGGGAAUGAGACAGAGACCAGGGAGCGAAUGGAGGCGAUGGAAAAGCAGAUUGCAAGUCUGACGGGGCUGCUGCAGAGAGUUCUAACCAGAGCGCCAGAAGCAGAAAGUCCAGAGAAGCUUGAGUCGGCCAGUGACUGUUCAGGAAAUGACCCUGGACAAACUAAAAAAAAGAAAGCUCUUACUCCGUCUGCUCCUCUGGCCCUGAUGCCACCUCCGUGUUCAGGAGCCAACCAGCCGGUGGCCGUGUCCCGUAUGCAGAUGCAGCAACACCUUCAAGGACUGCAGCAGAACACCAACGCCCUGCGCAAGCAGCUGUCGCAGCUACGCAACAUGCAGCUGGAGAACCAGGACUCAGUUCUGUCUCUACUGCGUCAAACGGAGUCUGAACUGAGCCUGAUGAUGCUGGACGCCAUGCGGCCCCAAGAGGACCCACUGCAGAGACAGCGCCUCUUAGUGGAGGAGGAGAGGCUGAAGUACCUGAACCAGGAAGAACUCCUCAUCCAGCAACUGCACGACCUGGAGAAAUCAGUGGAGGAGCUGCAGAGGAACUCAUCCGUUAACCACGGCCUGGUGACAGAGCAGGAUGUGGAGCAGAAGAGCAAAGAGCUGAGGAUGUUGGGAGAGACUCUUACUGACCUCAAAAACCAGUUCCCGAGCUUACAGAGUAAGAUGCGCGUGGUGCUGAGGGUGGAGGUGGAAGCGGUUAAGUUCCUAAAAGAGGAGCCUCAACGUCUGGAAGCUCUACUGAAAUGUUGCAACACCAUGACUGAUGCUCUCAGCAACCUUCGCAGACAGGUCUCUGAAGGCGUUUGGAAGACCCCUGAAGACCUCUCCUGUCAGUCCCAGAAAAGACUGGAUGAUAUGAGUCAAGGCUCUGAUCUGGACAUCCUGAACAGUCCUCCUCUCAGCCUCAGUGACCUGAGCACCAGCUCCGGUCUGGCCAACUGGAUGCCCCUGUCCUCCUCUGCUAGCGAAACUGACACAUCUGGUCCUGAGCAGGACAUCCAGUCUUCCAUGGCCUUCAGAACCCGAGUCCUGGAUGAGCUGCCAAGUCGCAGACCAGGAGACAAAGCAGUCUCUGCUGAAGUCAGACUGGCAGCUGAGCGUGACUGGGAGGAGAAACGUGCCAGUCUGACCCAGUUUAGCGCUCAGGAUAUCAAUCGCCUGCUGGAGGAAACCCAGGCUGAACUGAUGAAGGCCAUUCCAGAUCUGGACUUUGCUGCCAAGCACAUAAAUAAACCGGCAGUCCCUCCCAAACCCCAGAUUACCCUCCCAAUAUCCUCCACCACAGCUACUUCUUCAGCUGCAGGGAGCACUGGGACAACAGCCACCACCACCACGUCUAGUGGGGACCAGCAGCCUGGCAAGGUGCAGUUGGCUGCUCAGAAGCUCAACAGCAUGGAAGGCAGCGGUUCACAUCGAGGGUCCGUGGACCUCAAUGUAGCAAGAUACAAAACAGAAAAACCAUCUAAGUCUCCUCCCCCACCUCCCCCUCGCCGAAGCUUCCCAUCGGUUCACGGCCUCACCACAAACCGCACUGGAGAGGUGAUCGUCACCAACAAGAACCAGAAGGUGGAGGAAGAUGGUGAAAUGCCAAAAACUCUGGUGAAGUUGAGACGGACCCCCUCAGACACCCCCCGACCAGCCUCCACCCCACCUGUGAUCGCUGCCUCAGCCAUUCAGGACGAGGAUGAUGAGGAGAAGAUCCUCGCUGAGCUGGAGAUAUUUCAGAGAACACCUGUAAAAGAUCCCCCCUGUAGUAAACAGAGCAGCGGCCGACCAAAGGCCCCCUCCCCCUACGUCAUUGAGUCACUGGGCAGAAAGAACAGCAGUAACUCACCGGGACCGACAAAGGGUCCAACUGUUGCGGCUCGACUCAAACACCUUCAACAGGGAAGCCUGGAGAGACCAAAAUCCCGCAAACAGAAAGAUGAUUUCCCCAAAGUCCAGGGCCAGCAGCAGGUAUUCCACUUCUAACUGAUCUGACGCUCCGCCUGCCUCUCCUCUCUACUGUCACCUCAGAGAAGCUCAGCCUCUUGGUCCCAGAAGACUCUGUGAGGGAACGCAAGCUGGUUUUCAUCUCCUCUUCUUCUGUGUUAAUGGUUUGGGUGACUGGAUUUGGACCAGCUUGGUCAGACAUUAAGCUUUUGUCCAGUCUGUUAAAUUUCUCACUGACUUAUUUAAUCUAAGAUAGCAAAAUCCUGAUCAAUUGGUCAAGUCAGUUAAAACUGUUGCCUUCUAACAGCUAGAAAGCUGAGAUCUUUCAGGCAGGAAGAUUAGAGAGGUUAAAGACAAGUUAAAUUCAUGCAGUAAACAAACAAAAAAAACUGCAGAAAGAGCAAAGCAAUCAUGGAAAACAAAACUCACAUUAAGACACAUAAAUGCAGGAAGGGCUUGAAGUUAGGGACUAAAUCUAUGUGUGUAGCAUUCAUUUUUAUUU